GAUAUUAUUUAAUUAUUUUUCUAUGUCUCUUUUGAAGAUGAAGGAGUAUCCAGGGUACAUGGGCCUUUUAAAUGAGAAAAUACGUAAUAGAGUUUCUUUCCUUUCCCGUGCCCUUGAUCUUUUACAGCUUGAGGAGCGUUUUGUUCAUUUGAACUGCACAGAUGGUUCUUGGCGUCGGCCUUUGAAUAUUGAUUUCUUGAAAACUCAUCUUUCUGAGUUUAUUGAUCACACUCAACUUCAUCCACACGCUGAUCAAGAUUCUUUUGUUAAACUCUGUUCUGAAGCCCAGCGUUAUAAUUUUAAAACUGUUUGUGUAAAUGGAUCAAGAGUUGCUUUUUGUCGCGCCUUACUCUUGCGAAGCGAUGCUAAUAGAGUCAAGGUCUGCGGUACCUGUGGAUUCCCUCUCGGUCAAAUGACGACCGCCAUGAAGGCUGCUGAAGCCACUGAAGAGAUUAAGAAUGGCGCAGAAGAAAUAGACAUGGUUCUUAAUGUAGGUGAACUCAAGGAUAGAAAUUACGGGUAUGUUUACAGGGAAAUUUCACUGAUACGGACAAUAUGUGAGGAAAGGGGGGUCAUUUUAAAGGUGAUUCUAGAGACGUGCUUGCUGACGGAUGAGGAAAUCAUUGAUGCGUGUGUUCUAUCGGUGGCUGCUGGCGCGCAUUUUGUGAAGACAUCAACAGGUUUUAGCACACAUGGUGCAACUCCAAAGGCCUUGGAUAUUAUGUUGGCUGUGGUGGGAAACGAGGCGCUAGUAAAAGCGAGUGGCGGUGUGCGUGAUCGGCACUCUGCAUUGGAGUAUCUUGAAGCAGGCGUACGUCGUAUCGGAACUAGUUCAGGUGUUGAUAUUGUCAAUGAAAAUCAGUCCAUUGAAAGAUUAAAAGGAGAUUCGUAUUAAGGAUUGAUAUUCAUAAAUUUUCAUUGGAGAUAUUAAUAGCGCAAUAUUUGUUUAUUCGCAUCUUUUAGAUAUUAACACUAUAUUGGGAUAUAGGUUUUAAAAAAUACUCCUUCCUUGCUACCUUUUCCAUGAACUUUUAAA